AUGGCAACACGUACAACCCUCCUCUUCUCGCUUCUCGCCGCAACCGCAUGCGCAAACAUCACAACCUCCUAUUUCCUCCCCAACACCAGCUAUGGUACUAACAGACUCCGCUUUGUCGGUUCUGUCAUCAACGCAUCCGACGACCGUGUGACCCUCGCCGUGGCUCUAGAAGACGACCCAGAUUACACCAACAACUUCGACAUGAGAACGGCAACCUAUACCUUCGGCUCCACGAUGUUCGACUACUCGACAGCAGAUUUUAUCAACAGAGGUUACUCUGAGUCAUCCGGGGGCAACGCGUACAGCCUCAAGUGCGAUUUUCCUUCCACAGCCUCAACGGCAGACUGCACUGUCUCCCGCGGGCCGGAGCUCUUGAAGGGCGCAUGUCGCUGGACAAAUAACAGCGAAUAUUCGGAAGCGUUGCGCAGCGAACGACCUCAUACGCAACUUUAUACGUUCAGCGACACAGAUACAGCGGGCGUAGAGACCAUUGUGCGUACGCUCGCAAGGCCGAACUCCAAGACGCCAAUUCCAGGGUGGUGCAGCUCUGAGACGGACCGGUCGAAGAUAUCAGUUCCCAGCAGCGCGUUGGCGGAGACGUACCAACCGGCUAAGAGUUCUUUCAACCAGUACCAGUUUGUCAUCACGGCCGGCGAGGAGAAGCUGCCGAGUGCGACUACGGGCGGAGCUGUCAGUACAGAUGGUUCAACGCCUACAGGGACAGAGGAUUCCGGAACUGGGUCUCCGGGUGCUGCACCGAUGAAGACAGUGGCACCGGCGUUGGCUGGGUUGGGGGCUGCGGUUGCGAUGUUUUUACGAGCUUGA